GGCUACCACGAGACGGUGAGCGUUGUUGACUGUGCGAUCACGUGGCGCUGUCUAGGUAACGAACUGUUGAUAACGCUCCGAUAAACCGCGCAGACUGUCAUAUGCCUGUGUGUAGUUAAUGAUAACGAUUAAUGCUGUUUUGACUCCGUGAAGAUUCGUCGCUGCGGUCAACGCGUCCCGGACCUUGGAAAUAUGGAACAAUUAAUGGAACUCGUAGACGCCAGAUAUGUCCGAAAUUUUCAAGAAUUUUGCGGAAUACAACCCCAAGAGCACUGCCGAGCUGAAUCCAGGGUCAGUGGAUUUGUACCCCCCACCCAAAAAACAAACGGAGAUCGGGAGACUGAAAACAACAACAACGAUAUAAAAGGCAGGAUUUACAAAGACGGAUCUUCACAUGGUUAUGGAGAUAGGAAUGACUCCUUACAUUCAACCAGCCUCGAACAAACGCCCUACAUAAUAAAGUAUAAAGCGAUAUAUUACGUUGCAAAAGUUGGAGCUUUUUUCGGCGAUGAAAUAUUCUAUAUGACAUUCUUUCCGUUUUGGCUAUGGAACGUUGACAGUCUCGUUGGCAGACAGACGAUCUUCGUGUGGUGUUUGGUGAUGUAUUUUGGACAAGCGACCAAGGACUACCUCCGAUGGCCCCGACCACCUUCGCCUCCGGUUUUCCGACUGGAAACCACCCAUUUGCAGGAAUAUUCAAUGCCGUCUACCCACGCAAUGGCGGGGACUGCAAUCCCGACUGUGUUGGUCUACGGGCUCUGUACUCGUUACGAGUUCCCAGUGGCCGCAGCCAUUGCCCUGGUGUUCACAUGGUGCGUGACGGUGUGCCUCAGUCGACUCUUCCUGGGCGUCCACACAGUGCUGGAUGUUCUUGUCGGGUUCCUCUUCUCCGUGGUCAUCAUCAUCGUUGCAACGCCUUAUUUCAAGGAGUUUGACACAUUCCAGCAGACUCAUCCUAGCGCACCUUUUGUCCUUUUUACCACAGGACUAGCCUUGUGUACAGUGUGUUACCCGGGUAAUGACCAGCACUCCGCCAAGGGCGACGCAGUCGGGACCGUUGCGGUCACCGUGGGUUUAUCCUACGGCGUGUGGCUCAACCACCAUCUUGGAUUGACCUCUCCACCGGAAGUGACACCUCCAUACGCCAUUGCAAGCCCAACUGUAGCAUGGCUGGCUUUGUCCAUGAUUCGUUUGUUUUCUGGCGCCUUUGUGUUAGCACUGGUUAGAGAAGUGGUUACGACUGUCUCGAUUAAAGCGUUUUCGUAUUUCUUCGGAUUGGAAAAGCCGGACAAGAGUCAUCCUACAGUGCAAACAGCGUAUAAAUUCGUCACCUAUUUCUCGUUGGGAGUAUGUGUCUUGUGGGCGGUUCCCUAUGUACAUAAGAUUAUGGGCAUAUGUCGGUCAAAUUUUUACUUUGAGGUAUUAUAACACAGAGGACAUAAAUGGCAUAGCAAAACGAUCAUCCGGACCCUUGAAUACAUGCCACUUUUUUAUG